AAGAAGAAGAAGAAGAAGAAGAAGAAGAAGAAGAAGAAGAAGAAGAAGAGGAAGAAGCAGCACAGGAAGAAGAAGCACAGGAAGAAGAAGAAGCAGACGAAGCAGACGAAGAAGAAGAAGAAGCACAGGAAGAAGAAGAAGAGGAAGCAGCAGAAGAAGAAGAGGAAGCAGCAGAAGAAGAAGAAGCGGCAGCGGUAGUUUGCCCUUGACUCUACCCACGUGAGUUAGUUCGCGCUGGCUUAGUUUACCGAAUUUUGAAUAAAGUGACUCCAAACAGCUAGUUUUGAUGAGAUUGUCUUUAGUUUAGGAUAGUAACCGAUUUGUCACGCAUUUCAUAAGCGGGCUGUCAGGCGCGACUCGCCGAUCACAACGCUACAAUGUCCGGCAACUGUAAAUCCUUGUCGUCGUUACUGCAACGCUGUCUGACCUCAAGACAAACAACCUUAUGGACAAAUACUUGGGAAGGGAUAAAAUCGAGAGGGAACCAGUUGGCUGUCCUCGGUACUGGAAAACGUGGAUUUAUUGGGAAUCACCAGUAUCAUAAAUGGACAUUCAAAAUGACACCAUGUCUUCAGAGUGACUUCAAACACCAAUCUGCAUUGAAAAUCAUCCAACAAAGAUUCUGUACAAAGGCAGAUGCCCCCUAUGAAGAUGAAUAUCCACCUCUGCCAGCCUAUAAUGCAGAUCCUGAACCAGAGAAAAAGGACUUUUACAUUAUCCAAGCUAAAGGUCUGCCGUGGUCCUGCACAGCUGAGGAUGUCCUGCAGUUUUUUUCUGACUGCAGGAUCCGGGAUGGUGUUAAAGGGAUCCAUUUCACCACAAACAGACAGGGGAAGCCGAAUGGGCUUGCCUUCAUUGAGAUGGAGCAUGAAGAGGAUGUCCGUAAAGCUUUGGAGAAGCACAGACAGUACCUCGGGCAACGAUAUGUUGAAGUGUAUGAAGUGACAAACAGUGAUGCUGAAAACAUUCUGAAGAAUUUUCUCCAUACUCAAGCCAGUGACGGGAUGGUGCGACUCCGAGGAAUUCCUUUCAGCUGCACAGAGGACGAUAUCAUUCAGUUCUUUUCAGGCUUGGAUAUAGUGGAGAAUGGAGUCACCAUCAUCCUGAAUCAUAGAGGGAGAAACUCUGGAGAGGCUUAUGUACAGUUUGCCUCUCAGGUCAUGGCUGAUGAAGCCCUUCAGAGAGACAGAGAGGUCAUAGGCAACAGGUAUAUUGAGGUGUUCCCUAGCAGAAGUAGUGAGAGCUGCUCUCCAGCCAAUCCUCUUUCCCCCCCGAACAACGUCGUCGCCUCACAGCCAAGCCUUGAAACCAGUUCCCUACACAGAGCUUCAAGGCCUCUAUAUCAUGUUCAUAUCAGGGGUUUGCCCUUCAAAGCUAAUGGACACGACAUCGUACAAUUCUUCUCUCCUUUAGCUCUGUCUAAGAUUCUUAUUGAGUACAGACCAAAUGGGAAGCCCAGUGGAGAAGCUGAUGUCUAUUUUAGAAGCCACCAAGAUGCGGUUUCAGCCAUGUCCAGAGACAAAAUGCAUAUGGGAGAGAGAUACAUUGAGUUGUUCCUGAACUCUGAAGUGACAAACGAAGGGUAAAGAAUUAGUCUGUAGACUUUGUGCUGGUGAACAAUAGUAUUAAGGUAUAAAUAAUUGCUUUUUAGAAACAUGAUUGUUUUCUAAACACACUCAUUUGCCUGGUAAACUGACUUGCUUAAAGCAGUAAAUGUACAAGAAGCCAGCUCUUUGCCACAUUCCUGUUUGCCAUGUUCCUGUUUCCAUCUUUACCAUAUUAUUUGCUCUCCUUUCAAAAAACUGUACUUAUGAGAUUGUUUUAAGUGUCAUUGACUGAGAUUGCUACUACUGCAGAGAGGGGUUUGGUAAAUAGGCUUUUGUCAUCUGCAGGUAAAUACUGAGCUGCUGAUCCCAAAUACCUAUUCAGGAAUUAUGUAUUUUCUGUGUACUGACAAGUGGAAAUCCAGCAAUAAACAUUACCGAUGUAAAACAAAAUGGUGUAAACCGUCUCCAUCUUGAGAGGAGCGAGUUUGUUUAGAUGAGACAUGUUUUAAGGAUUUUUAAUUCAGUUGUAAGUCAUUUUCAAGUGGUUACUAUGAAGGGUUAGGAGGAAGAUGUUAUACAGGUUAAUCUGGUCUGAACUUUGCUUUUAGACAGUCAGCAGUUUCUUUGUCAACACCUCCAAGCGAGGUUUGUAGCUUGUUGUUUGUCUCAAGUCCACAGCGUCUACCAUUCGUUAUCUCAGAAGUCAGACACAUUGACUUUUUCAUUAACUUGAGAAAUUGUCAGUUUGCCCAUCAGCAUUCCAGCAGCAUUCACAAUUAAUUCCACAACUGAGGAAAACUCUACGAAUCUGCAUAGUCCCUCCAUCAGUUUUCUAAACCUGAAGGAGGAUGGUUGUUGGUCCCUUUAUAUAUGUUACAAAAAACCCACAAGGCCAGACAUGUAAAAUGUCCCAUUUCCAUUUGCUUGCAGUUUGAUGACCCAAAAGAGAAAAUCAUGCAGGCCUUACAUCUGAUUUUGAAUGUUGAGACUGAGGGAAUGGCAGAGGUGUGUAAUGUUUCAGGGAAAGCCAAAACAUACAUUACAGCCCCUUAAGUUCAAGAAGCCAGAUAGUGAGGAAAGUCACAACUACCUAAAAAACAGAGAACCCACUUUUUUUUUUCUUCUGGGUUGAUACCCACGCAGAACAUGCAAACUCCACACAGAAAGGACCUGGGACUCGAACCCAGGACCUUCUUGCUGUGAGGCAACAGUGCUAACCACUGGGCCACCAUGCCACCACAGAACCCACUUUCACCCCAUGUCCCCCCAACAUUCAAACUGGUUUUCUAGAGAUAAAUAGGUGUUGGAUGGUUCUGAUCCUGUCUAUUGAAAACUGCCUCACUGGCUUUCAGGAUA